GUGGGUGCAGGUGAGGGAUGGUCGUUAAUUCACUGGCGCGACCCAAAAUGGCUUAGUAAGUACUCUCAGAUCAUAUGACUGUCGCAUCACCCACAAUAAUAAUUUCAAAUCGCACCACCUCUUUCCAUCUUCUUACCAUCUAUUAACACUACCACCACCACCACCACCACCGACCACCAUGGCCGAACUCAAGGAAAACGUAAAACUACUACAAAUGGUACUUGCGUACCGUGGCUGCUGGCCAGCUGGUGCUUCCCGCCCCUACCCAGAACAUAACCUCGAGCAUGAAGUCCAUUACAGGGAGGUCUUCUGCAGGAUGGAGGGAUGCACAAAGAGGACCAAGCAGUACUUGUCUACGAAUAAUCUGCACUCACAUUUGCAAACUCAUGAGGAUUUUAUUGCCAAGACUGGUAAUAAGGGGGGACGGGCCUCACAAAAGCAGGUUAAUAAUACUGUUAAAUGUCCUCUUGGAAAAUUAAAUAUUGAUGGAUCUUGUCCUCCUCUACCCCUCCGCCAGGAUGGAAAGGCCCAUUACAUUACCGAAAUGCGUGCUGAGAUCAAGAAUAUGGGUUAUUCUUUACCCUGCAGUAUUUGCCCAACUGCAAAAAAUUGCUGUAAAGAUAAAUGGAUAUGUAAUAAUACUGAGAAUAAUAAAAAACAGAAUAAGCAGUCUGAGAAGGAGCAAGAUGAAUAUAAUAAGGAAUCUGAGGAGGAAUCUGAGAAAGAGGAUGAGGAGGAGUCUGAGGAGGAGAAUGAGGAAGAGGAAAGUGAAGUGUAAAUUAAUUAAGAAGCAGUUUGUAAGUGGUUGACAACUAUUUUACAAGUGAUUGACAACUACUUGUAAACUAGUCUACACUUGGAUCCUGAUUAGGCCGGACCUCCUGUUUUACAUAUGGAU